AUGGAUAAUGCAGGUUGCACAGGUGGAUCAGCAUCAACUCCAGCAUCAAGCUCAACAGCUAACCCUCCUCCACCAGCAGACUGUCCAGCUGUCGGCACAUGCCCACAAAAUGAAGAUGAGAAUUCUAUUGCUAAGCACCUUCCACAUGCCUCUAACUGCAGUCAAUUCUGCAAAUGUGACCAUGGGAAACCCGUGACGUUCGACUGCCCUGCUGGACUCCACUUCAACCCUACUCUGGAGGUAUGUGACUGGCCAGAAAAUGCAGGUUGCACAGGUGGAUCAUCAUCAACUCCAGCAUCAAGCUCAACAGCUAACCCUCCUCCACCAGGAGACUGUCCAGCUGUCGGCACAUGCCCACAAAAUGAAGAUGAGAAUUCUAUUGCUAAGCACCUUCCACAUGCAUCAAACUGCAGUCAGUUCUGCAAAUGUGACCAUGGGAAACCCGUGACGUUCGACUGCCCUGCUGGACUCCACUUCAACCCUACUCUGGAGGUAUGUGACUGGCCAGAAAAUGCAGGUUGCACAGGUGGAUCAUCAUCAACUCCAGCAUCAAGCUCAACAGCUAACCCUCCUCCACCAGCAGACUGUCCAGCUGUCGGCACAUGCCCACAAAAUGAAGAUGAGAAUUCUAUUGCUAAGCACCUUCCACAUGCCUCAAACUGCAGUCAGUUCUGCAAAUGUGACCAUGGGAAACCCGUGACGUUCGACUGCCCUGCUGGACUCCACUUCAACCCUACUCUGGAGGUAUGUGACUGGCCAGAAAAUGCAGGUUGCACAGGUGGAUCAUCAUCAACUCCAGCAUCAAGCUCAACAGCUAAUCCUCCUCCACCAGCAGACUGUCCAGCUGUCGGCACAUGCCCACAAAAUGAAGAUGAGAAUUCUAUUGCUAAGCACCUUCCACAUGCCUCAAACUGCAGUCAGUUCUGCAAAUGUGACCAUGGGAAACCCGUGACGUUCGACUGCCCUGCUGGACUCCACUUCAACCCUACUCUGGAGGUAUGUGACUGGCCAGAAAAUGCAGGUUGCACAGGUGGAUCAUCAUCUACUCCAGCAUCAAGCUCGACAGCUAACCCUCCUCCACCAGGAGACUGUCCAGCUGUCGGCACAUGCCCACAAAAUGAAGAUGAGAAUUCUAUUGCUAAGCACCUUCCACAUGCCUCAAACUGCAGUCAGUUCUGCAAAUGUGACCAUGGGAAACCCGUGACGUUCGACUGCCCUGCUGGACUCCACUUCAACCCUACUCUGGAGGUAUGUGACUGGCCAGAAAACGCAGGUUGCACAGGUGGAUCAGCAUCAACUCCAGAAUCAAGCUCAACAGCUAAGCCUCCUCCAUCAGGAGACUGUCCAGCUGUCGGCACAUGCCCACAAAAUGAAGAUGAGAAUUCUAUUGCUAAGCACCUUCCACAUGCCUCAAACUGCAGCCAGUUCUGCAAAUGUGACCAUGGGAAACCCGUGACGUUCGACUGCCCUGCUGGUCUCCACUUCAACCCUACCCUGGAAGUAUGUGACUGGCCAUACCAUGCUGGCUAUGGUCCAACAUCAGCUACACCAACUACUGCAGAACCAAAGAGCUCCAUAGGGUCAGGUGAUCAAGACCCUUUCAAGUCAAUGGGAUCAUGUCGUGCUUAUGAUCUAGUCCUUAUUGCCCAGUAUCUUGCAUAUAAAACCAACAGUACUGUAUAUUGUAAACGAUGUAGCAAUAAUCUGGAUACGUCUGGAACACAUAAUAAAGUCAUACGGUUAAUGCUAAUAAACUCCCUCUUCAUUGGCAUGGACGCAAUACGUCAGAUAUAUACAAAUAUGUCUGUAGAUCAAAUGAAAUGUGCUAUAAAUUUUUGCUUUUAUACCGAUAUCAUAAUCAGCAUUCAUAACCGAAAGUAUCCACUAAAUUGGCAUCCAUCUCUAUAG